UAUUUGGUUAUUAUAUAUAUAUAUAUGUAAGGGUAUCUAUAAUUCCUCCCUCCAAUCUCAUAGAAGUCCCAUUUUCAGGUUCUCUAAGUAAAAACAAUAUGUGCAGAGGUAUAGAGGAGAGAAGCCACAACCCUGGCAGAUUCUACAGGAAACAGCAGCAGCAGGAAGAGGAGGAGGAGGCUGGUUCAGGCAAUGAAGCCUCAAGUUUGUUAUGUUGUGAACUCUGUGGGUCUCGAGCUUCCUUAUAUUGCCAAGCAGAUGAUGCAUAUCUAUGUAGACAAUGUGACAAAUGGGUACAUGGUGCGAAUUUCUUAGCUUUCAGGCAUAUUAGAUGCUUUCUCUGCAACACUUGCCAAAAUCUUACUCAAAGAUAUCUCAUCGGAGCUUCAAUGGAGAUAGUGCUUCCAACAAUUGUGAGUUUGAGAGAAAGAAGAAGACAACAGUGUAAUAAUUCCAACAACGAUGAAAAACAGUGUUCAACAUCACUUAAAAUGCCUUUCCUGUUUCUUUGAUCUCCAGAGCUCAUCAUCUUCUUUUCACCUUCUUUUUUUUUUUUGGGCUUUUCUUUUCAUGUCAGUUUUCUAAUGCAAGUUCUGGUUCUUGGUAUUGUUCCUGGAAUUGGUAAAAUUAGUGGCUUAGAGUCUCUGUCAUGAAUCUUGAUGUUUUCUUGAUGGAAAUUGGAGAGAAUUCAAAUAUUUCUGGGAUUGUUGGAGAUAAGGUUCGUCAACUUUUCAUCCGUUUUCUUGAAUUCCAGGAGAAAGGAAGCUAUGAGUGGAUCCAGAGAAAUGUAAUGUAUACUUGUUCUUUGUUCUUAUUAAAACUCUCGCUCAUACUUUGUUUUGUAUCAGAUUUGAUGUGUACCAAGAAAUUCUGUUUCCAUAUAAUUUAAAACAGGUUUGUUUUCAUAA